AUGACGUCGCCAGUCAAUGUUAAGCUCGACGACGUGAUAAUCGUGGAAGACGUUAUGCUGCUUGGCGGAAGGGACCAGUUGAGACCAGAAUUCGACGAGAUCAUGAAAAAGUAUCAAACUCGGAGUAUCUUCGAGUUUUCGCAUUGGAUCGUGGUGCCCAACGGCGGAACAUCUCGUGAUUGUUCGGUGAAUUAA